CGCGCGCUGCAGUCGUGCGGACGUCCCGCCAAGUUGGGCCUGCGGCGGCUCCGGGUUUACGGACUGCCCGCCGCGGUGGGUGGUGAAUGCCUUACCUCGCGCGAGCUAGAAGCCUCUGAGCUGGGAGCUAAGAUGAAACAGUUGCCUGCAGCGACCGUUCGCCUCCUGUCCAGUUCUCAGACAAUCACUUCAGUGGUCAGUGUGGUGAAAGAGCUCGUUGAAAACUCCUUGGAUGCUGGAGCUACCAGCAUCGAUGUUAAACUGGAGAACUAUGGAUUUGAUAAAAUUGAGGUUCGGGACAACGGUGAGGGCAUCAAAGCGGUUGAUGUCCCUGUGAUGGCGGUGAAAUACUACACCUCAAAGAUAAACAGUCAUGAAGACCUUGAAAACCUGACAACCUAUGGUUUUCGUGGUGAAGCCUUGGGGUCAAUAUGUAGUAUUGCAGAGGUGGUAGUCACAACAAGGACAGAUGCUGACAGCUUCAGCACCCAGUAUGUCUUAGAUGGCAGUGGCCACAUACUUUCUCAGAAACCUUCACAUCUUGGUCAAGGUACCACUGUCGCUGCUCUAAAGUUGUUUAAGAACCUACCUGUAAGAAAGCAAUUUUAUUCAACAGCUAAAAAGUGUAAAGAGGAGCUAAAAAGUGUACAGGAUCUUCUCAUAAGCUAUGGGGUCCUUAAACCUGACAUAAGGAUUAUGUUUGUACAUAAUAAGGCAAUUAUUUGGCAGAAAAGUAGAGUAGCAGAUCACAGGAUGGCUCUCAUGUCAGUUCUGGGAACUGCUGUGAUGGGCAACAUGCAGUCUGUGCAGCACCACUGUGAAGAGUCUCAGAUUUGCCUAAGUGGAUUCUUUCCAAAGCAUGAUGCAGACCACAGCACCACAAGUCUUUCAACCCCAGAGAGAAGUUUCCUCUUUAUUAACAGUCGACCAGUACACCAGAAAGAUAUACUAAAGUUAAUCCGGCGCUAUUAUAACCUGAAGUGCCUAAAGGAAUGUACUCGCUUGUAUCCCAUUUUCUUUCUGAAAAUUGAUGUUCCUUCAACUGAUGUGGAUGUAAAUCUAACUCCAGAUAAAAGUCAAGUAUUAUUACAGAAUAAGGAAUCUGUUUUAGUUGCUCUUGAACAUCUGAUGGUGACCUGUUACGGACCACUACCCAGUACAGAUUCUUAUGAAAAUAACAAAGCAGAUGUUUCCUCAACCAACAUGGUUGUUAGUGAAACAGCAGAAACAGAUGUGCUGAUUAAUAAAAUGGAAUCAUCUGGAAAUAAUUAUCCAAAUACUGAUACUUUGCCUGUUCACUUCCAAAAUGGUGAAUCUAAAAGAAACACUGAUCAUUAUUUAAAUCAACAGAUAAAUAUAGGCGAGCCCUGUGAUGGCCAUUUUACUAGUGAAUAUUCUAGCAUUAAUAAGGACAGUAUAAGUGUACUUCAGAAUAUCCCCAUGAAUAACAUAUCAUCAGAGGAUAUUCAGAGUAGACACAGUAAGACUCAUUUUGCAGGUUCCAGUGAUCGUAUCCAAGGAGACAAUGGCAGGAGUGGUACAGAAGCAAGUGGGGGGCAUGGGGGAGAAGCACACCCUGAGACAUCGCUGGAAAUCUGUGCAGAUGACUGGAGCAAGGGGAAUGUGUUUAAUUUGAUGGGAGAGAAUAUCGAGCCUGUGAAAAUUUUAGUGCCACAAAAAAGUUUGGCAUGUAAACUGAACAAUAAUAAUCACCCAAGCCUUGAACCAAGGAAUCUUAGUGAUGGUCCUUGUAACAAAACACCAAACGUGAUAGAUAACAGACUUGGACAGCUUACAGCCUAUGAUUUAAUUAGCAACCGAGUUGUCAAGAAGCCCAUGUCAGCAAGUGCCCUGUUUAUUCAAGACCAUCGCGCUCAGUUCAUUGCAGAAAAUCCUAAAACUGGUAUGGAGGAUGCAGUGGCACAAAUUAAAGCACAGUGGGAGACACUGAGUGAAGAGGAAAAGCUGAAAUACGAGGAAAAGGCUAAAAAAGACUUGGAGCGAUACAAUAAUCAAAUGAAGAAAGCUAUUGAACAGGAAACACAGGUAUCAUUAAAAGAUGGCAGGAAGAAGCUGAGAGCCGGCAGUGCGUGGGGCCUGGCACAGAAGCACAAGAGUAGGCCCUCCUCUGCUCAGCCGAGGCUUGUUGAGCUCUUCCAGUCCCAAAAGGAAAAGAAGAGUGGAAAUAUUAAAAUAGCAGAGAUCCCCUUUUCUAUGGAAAACUUAAAGGUCAAUUUUAAGAAACAAAGGGACGUUGACUUAGAAGACAAGGAUGAGAUUUGUCUGGUCCACAGUCUCAAGUUUCCUGAUGCGUGGCUGGUUACAUCCAGAGCAGACGUCAUGUUAUUGAACCCAUACAGAGUGAAGGAAGCCCUGCUGUUUAAAAGACUUCUGGAGAACCAUAAACUCCCUGCAGAGCCACUGGAAACGCCAAUUAUAUUAACAGAGAGUCUUUUUAAUGGAUCUCAUUAUUUAGAUGUUUUACAUAAAAUGUCGACAGUUGACCAGAGAUGCAGCAAAUCAGCUUACCUGUGUGACCCUCGUCUUACAGCAAAUGGCUUCAAGAUCAGAUUGAUACCAGGAGUUUCCAGUACUGAGCACUACUUGGAAAUAGAAGGCAUGGCUAAGUGUCUCCCGUUCUAUGGAGUAAUGGAUUUAAAGGAAAUUCUUAAUGCUAUAGUAAACAAAAAUGCAAAGGAGCUUUAUGAAUGUAGACCUCGCAAAGUGAUAAGUUACCUGGAGGGAGAGGCAGUCCGUCUGUCUAGGCAGCUACCCAUGUACUUAUCAAAAGAGGAUGUUCAAGAUCUUAUCUACAGAAUGAAGGAGGAGUUUGGAAAUGAGAUUAAAGGGUGUGUUCAUGGUCGCCCAUUUUUUCAUCAUUUAACCCAUCUUCCAGGAGCUCCAUGAUCAAGCUUAUGACAACUAGUUGCUGUGGCAAUUGAUGUGGUUCUUAAACCAUUUUGUAUUAUCAUGUAUCAAAGUGAUUAUUCUAUAAAUGAUGCUUCACUGGCCCAUUUAUAUACUGGAAAAAGUUUUAAAAUGUGUAAAAUAUGUAUAAA